UGAUGCAAACGCGCAACGAGAUAGCGAGAUUACGGAGGAGCCUUUUGACAAUAAAUUUGGACAAAGAGUUUGUAAUUUAUUUCAUCAUGAAAACGAAUAACUGCCUAAUCGCAAGAGAUGAUGGUAUCCUGACUUUAAAUAUGUGAACAUUCAACGAUAACCCACAUUUCUCCGUUUGCUCUCGUCUGUUCACAGUCAAGGCACUGACCCUCAAAUGACCCCAUGACGAAAAGGCUUGUGGUCACCUAUGCUCUGUGGGCAGUUGGUGGGCCAUUGGGCCUCCACCACCUGUACCUUGGGAGAGACAGCCAUGCUCUCUUGUGGAUGCUCACAAUGGGCGGUUUUGGAAUUGGAUGGAUCAGAGAGUUCUUUCGCCUCCCAUCUUACGUGAGUGAGGCCAAUAAAGAGACAAAGGGAGUAAGAGGCAAACGUCCUGACACUAUCCCACUGGUUAGCCCAACCCGCUUCACUGGUCAGGUUUGUGUGGGGAUUUAUUUUGGGACUGUGGCCUUAAUUGGCCUAAACUCCCUGGAUUUCUUCUACCUUCUUGUAUUGCCACUCUGUGUGGGUGCUGGAGUGCAUCUAGUGUCCUGUGUUGGGGAACAGACGUCUGACCUACAGAAGACCCUCACGGCCUGUAUCAUAACUUCCCCUAUAUUUUAUGGCAGUAAACUCUCCCCUCUGCCCAUCAGCCUUGCUGCCAGCAUCACUGCUUCACAACAUCGCCGAUUCAAGGCUCCUCACCCGGCAGGGACCCCACCAGAACAACUGGGUACCCGGUUAUAUCGCUUGGGUCUGGUUUGGCUGGCUUUCUCUGCACCACUGGCAUUCUGUAUUUUCCACAAUACCACCGCUACUUUGUAUUACAUUUCUGACUGUGUGGCAGCAUUGCUAGACAUGUUCUGGUUCUUUCCCUGGCUCAAAGGGGUUCUGGAGUUCUCUCUGUUGUUACCAUACCGGAUCCUGUGUGCACUAACAGGGGGAGGUCAAGAUGAGGAGAGCUGGAGAAAGGUUCUAGAAAUACUUCUCAACGUGUAUAAUCAAAAAGAGAGGGAAGCACUCAAGGUGUUGUCUGUUUCUGAGGAGGCUUCUCUGGAAGAGAUUACACAGACCUACAAAGAGUUAGUUAAAGUGUGGCAUCCAGACCAUAACCCUACACAGCAACAAGAAUCAGAACAGAUGUUCAUUAAAAUCCAGGAGGCGUAUGAAAUACUGUUAAGAAGACACAGGCCAAAGUCCAGAGAGUGAUUUUCAGUGUACAGUGAAAACUGCUUUCAGCAGUUCAUUAGUAGACAUAUCAAGGUCUCCUCACCUCACUGUAAGACAAACACACUGCUCAUUGCUCAGUGUUUGAUAAUCAUGAUUUGUAUGAAUACAUCAGACAAGGUAUUGAACAUAAAAGCAAUAGCUUUGCAAUAC